UGUGGUGUGUUUCUAGGGAAACGAACAAGAAGUGAAAUCAACAGUUUGGUUUUUUUUUUUAUUAUGCUGUCUCUGUUUGAUACUGACUCAGAAGAUGAGUCAUUGGAUGGAGCUAAUACUUCACCAUCAGAAGAUGAUUUUGUUGUAAAACACAUUCCAAUGAAUGAAGCAAUAUCUGCUGUUCCAGCUAGUUAUGCUGACCUUUUAGAGGUUUUGUUACCAAGAUUUCAACCUCACUAUAAUUUAAAAGGGAUAAGUAUUGAAGACCAGGAAUCUCUAGCAAAAAUUUUAAUUGGAGAACUAGCAAGUCAGUUUUCUGUAAUUCAUCGUCAAAUUGAUGACCCUUUCUUGUCACCAUCUAGUAAUAAGGAACUGCACAGGCUUAUAUUUGUUGAAGUUUCAACAAUUUUGGAAGCACUAUUCAGAAGUUACCUUGCUAAAGCAUGCAGACUAAAGUCUGAAGAUACACUUCAUGCCUCAACACAAAUUAGCUGUUUACAUGCUGAAUUAAUUAUUGUUGCUAAUAAAAGGAUUAAUAUCCCUUUCAUAAGGAGAAAAAUCAUAGCAAGGCUUCAAAAAGGAGCUCCUUCAGCAUAUCAAGCAACAGAUACAAUAGACCAGCUUUCUCAUGGAGUUGAUGACCUUGAUGAGGUUUAUAAAGUGCAGCUAAAGUAUCCUUUGUCACUACAAAACUUAGCCACAGAUCAUUCAGCCUCUCCUCAGAACUGUACAACAAAUAACAGCAAAACUUAUUAUUCUGAUGAAGAGGAUUUAAAUAGUACUGAAUCCAAUGAGACUGAACCAUUUCAUCAUUUACAUAAUUUUUCUAAAUUCAGCAAGGUACCGUCAGAGCCAACUUUUCCCACAGAUGCCCUUCUUUAUGACUUAGGCAUGCAACAUUCCACUGGUAAAGGUAAAAAGCAAUUUCUUGGCCUUUGGGACUCUCCUAGUCUUAACACAUUAAAAGGUCUACAAGUUUUUCCUGAAAACAAAUGUUUAGGACAAGUCAAAACAAGCUUGGGUGACUAUACUGAUGAAAUGCUUAGAAAUGACAUUAAGACCUUGUCACUUCAAGAAAUGGUCAUGCUUGAGCAGGGUAAUACAUCUGGUGAUCUUUCUCCCUUACUAGCUGCUCAUACAUUUACUUCUUUUGUGAAAAAGCAGCAACCAUCAGGACAUGAAGCAGAGCCUAUUCCAGCAGUGUUACCUGUUAAGCAGAGUCCUGCUCAGUCUCUGCUACAUCAGAUCCCAUUAAAAUAUAGUUUAAACUCAUCAUUUAAUAACACUGGCACUGAUUACUCAGAAAUUAAUGCACCAUUUGAUUCAAGCCUUCAUGAAUCAUUAAAUUCUGAUGGCAUAAAAAUUUCUUUGUCGCAUCAAUCUCUUUCAGACGGCUCAAAUGAAAUGCUUGACCUAACUAACAAGUCACCAUCAUCUAAAUGUGUUAAUGAUGAAUCAUGUAUUUCUGAGGUUGAGCUUUUGAAAGAUACUAUUAAGCAGCCUGAUGUCUUGGCAAUGGCAUUACCCCAAAAUCAUAUUGGCCGUGCAUCAAAUGUCCGUGUUAGUGAAAGAUCUCCAGUAUUUUCUCUUAGACUUCAGUCUCAACCAGCAGUCUACAAUGAGCUAACUAGUGAUCUGGAUAUUGUUACACUUGAGCAACUGGAUUCUAAUUUAAAAGAAGGUCAUGAUAUAUAUGAAAUAUAUGAAGAGCUGUCUCAGACUCUUCCAAAAGAGCAUUUAGCCUUUGACAAAGAUCCAGUGUUGGAGCCUUUUAUAAGUGACAAAAUCACAAUGUCUACUGUAUAUGCAUCCAGCACGCUUCACCACAGAAAAAGCACUAGAAUUGUCAAUGAAAGUUUGGUUCAUGCUGGAUUUCCUCCUUGGAAAGGCAAAAGCCGCAAAGAAUGGCUUUCUUCUAAGCAAGAGAAAGUAGCAUUGACUUCAAAAAGUCAAAAGAAAAGCUCAAAAGUUGUAGAUACGGUUUCUGUAAAUGAUUACUUUAAGUUUGCAGCCGAUCGUGGCUCAGAUUAUUUAGGUGUUAUACAUCAUAUGUAUGAUUCCAGUGGUAGUGAUUCUGAAGAUGAACAAAAAGAGGAGGAAAAAAAGAGAAAGUUACGAGAGCUACAGCAAAAUCUUCUAAUGAAAGAAAAGAACAGGUUUGAGCUUUUGAGGCAGAAAAAUUUGUAUACUCCUGGGAAGUGGAAUGUUAAUGCAGUUUUAAUGGGAGGGCUUGGAAAUGAUCCUGAAGUACUACUGAAAGAACAAGGUCCACCUGUUGCAAACUGGAGUGUAGUUCAGGCAAGGCUGAAAAAUAUAUGGAUAAGGCUCCAGUUAUCUGAUGAUGAUCAGUUUGAUAUGGCAUUUAAAUUGAGUCGUCCAAAAUUUCAUUCUUAUAUUGACAAAGCUUUAAAUUUGUGGGAAAAUUGCUGUGAAGUAAUUGAGAAGAGAGAAAUGGCAUUAAAGCAUCUUGAGUCUUUUGAGGCACAUGCUUCUGAUCCAACAAGACAUUUUUGCAAAAGUUCAUCAUUAUUGAGAUUAAAAGAAGCGAGACAAAGAGCUACUUUGCACAAAGACAUUGACGCUUUUGACAGAGAAGUUGUGAAGUUUGCGACGCAAUUAUCAAAGUAUAACUUCACACUUAAAUACAGAGAAAGAGAUUAUGUAGAGAAAAUGAGGCUAGACCGAGUUGAAUUGUUGUACUUCCUACAUCAACAGAGACGACAAGCAGUUCUCCACCCAGCAUUAAAAGUUUUAAACAACAGUGUUGAUAUACCUACUACAUGUAGUACAUGAUAGAAUGAUAAAUUUCCUAGUUUAAUUUUUUAAGUACAAUGCAUAAAAUGAUGUUAUAGUAAUUACAAUAAGUCAACUCAUUU